AUGAACGAAUCUUCCAACGAAGAACCCCUUCGCUGGAAGUUGGCCGGAGAUGAAGACGAACCACCGCCGCUGCCUCUUGCUCUGCCACCUGUACCCCGGGUGUUGAAGCUGCCAGAAAGUAGCCGGAAGGUGGAGUUCACACUAGAGAACCCCUCCAACAUCAAUGAAUGCAAUCUGCAAUCAAAUCCAUGCUCAGAUGUCAUUUGCCAGAACCUGCCCGGUGUCAUCCUUGGUGCUAGCAUUGCAACAGGUCUUUUGCUUUUAUGCAUAACAUUGGUCAUCGUAGGCAAAAAAUGGAAGCAAAGAAAUCAACAGAAAAUCAAAAAAAGGAAUUUUCAAAGGAAUCAUGGUUUGCUACUUCAACAAUUAAUCUCCACAAGUGAUCAUGUUGAAGAGAGAACAAACAUAUUUUCUCUAGAAGAAAUAGAAAAGGCAACAAAUAAUUUUGAUGAAACUCGAGUACUUGGAAGGGGAGGACAUGGAACAGUUUACAAAGGAAUUCUAUCAGAUCAACGAGUUGUUGUUAUAAAAAAGUCAAAAACAGUUAAGACGGGUGAGAUUGACCAAUUUAUAAACGAGGUUGCGAUUCUUUCUCAAUUGAAUCAUAGGAAUGUAGUUAAGCUUCUUGGAUGUUGUUUAGAAACUGAAGUUCCUUUACUGAUUUAUGAAUUUAUCUCUAAAGGGACCCUUUCUGAUCAUCUGCAUGUUUCACGAGAUGGAUCUAAAUUAUCAUGGGAUGAUCGUCUCAGGAUUGCUUCAGAAUCUGCAGGAGCACUUGCCUAUCUACACUCAGCUGCUUCUAUGUCUAUCUUCCAUAGGGAUGUCAAGUCAUCAAAUAUUCUUUUAGAUGAUACUUUUAAGGCGAAGAUAUCAGACUUUGGAGCAUCAAGAUUUAUUCCUCUUGAUCAAACACACAUAGUUAUUGCUAUACAUGGUACCUUUGGGUAUAUUGAUCCAGAGUAUUAUCAAAUUAGCCAGUUGACGGAGAAAAGUGAUGUUUAUAGUUUUGGAAUUAUUCUUCUUGAACUUUUAACCGGAAAGAAGCCCAUCUUCUCAACCAAAAAUGGGUUACAACAAAAUCUAGCCAUGAAUUUCCUUCAAGCAACAAGAGAGAAUGUGUUGCUUGAUCUUAUAGAAGAUCGUGUUUUGCAAGAAGGAACAAAGCAAGAGUUUCUUGAAAUCAAUAGUCUGAUAGAAAUAUGCCUAAAUUUGAAAGGUGCUAAAAGGCCUACAAUGAAAUAAGUUGAAUA